GAAGAAAAUGUUAUUGAACUGCUUAAAAAUGUAACACAUACUACAUAUAAAUCUAUAAAAAAUGAUGUUAAAAGUUUAUUUCUAAAAAAUUAAAUGUAUUGAUAUUAUAAUAAUGGAAUUGUAUAGAGCAGAUUAUACUUUGCUUGGAAUGGUAUCACCAAAUUGCAUGAAAAUAAUACCAAGUUCUCAGAAUGAUGAAGCUGAAAAUAAAACCCAAAAAAUUAUUGUUGGUGAUCAAGAAGGUAUUUUGCAGUUAUUUCAAAUACGUAAAGGAAAAAUGAAUAUGUUGUUUAAAACAUUACCUUUGGAUAAAAUAAAUAACAUUUGUCUUGGAGGAGCAUUUGGUACAAUUCAAGAUAAAAUAUUUGUAUCUAUGGGCACAUCUGUAAAGGGUUACACAAAAAAGGGAAGAAUGUUUUUAAGUUUCGAUACAGGAUUAACUGAACCUGUUAAAUGCAUGUAUGUCAGUGGAAAUGAACUUUUUGUGUCUGGCAGACAUGUGUUUAAUCACUUUAGUGAUUGUAAAGACUGUAACACAUACUUAUGUCCUGAAACUAUUAACAGUUUAUUAGUAUUAGAUAUUUUAAAGAUGCAAACUGUAAUACCUAUUUUAGCUUGUGCUGAUCUGUGUAUUAGAGUACUGGAAGGAUCGGCUGUUAAAGAAAUAUUUUAUUUAUCUUCAGAACCUACUUGUUUAUGUCUUAUGAAAAAUAAUGGUGGUGCACAAGGAAAUGAAAUUCUUGUUGGAUUUCUAAAUGGUGGUAUUACACUUCUAAAAGUAGAAAAAAAUGCUUCUGUAAGUGUUCUAUGGGAAUUGAAAAUACAUAAUACUCAAGGAACUGUUACAUGUAUGGAUUGUUUUAUAAUUGAUGGGGAAUAUCAUUUGUUAGUAGGGCGACUUAGUGGUUCUGUUGAAGUAUAUUCAUUAGAUUCAAAUUCUGUGCCUAUAGAAAAAUACAAAUAUAUUUGUUCAGAAAGUAUUACCUCAGUACAAGGUGGAUUUAUAAGAAACUAUUGCAUUCCAGAAGUUAUAGUUACUACUUUUACAGGUUGGUUGUUUGGACUGACUUUUGUUGAUCAACAUAUUGAUAAAAAAAUUAUAUCAGAGUCUUCUAAUAUUAUUACCAAUGAUGAUAAACAAAAGAUUUUAGACUUUAGGAAUGAAAUUAGUGAUUUAGAGAGAUUAGUCUCCAUAGAGAGGGACAAAUAUUUGGAAUUUACACAAAAAAGUGCAAGAACCUCUGUGUUACCAUAUUUGGCAAUUAAAAAUACUAUAAAUUUGGAUUCUGAAAGUUUAAUUUAUCAUUUGAUAAUUGAAUUAGAAGCUACUAUUGACAAUAUUUUAUUACAAUGUAAUUGUUUAGUAAAUUUUGUUGAUGUCGAAAAUAAUAACACAGCAGUAGUGAGCAAAAGCAAAUAUAAUGAAGAGGAUAACAAUAAAUUAUUGAUUACCUACAGAUGUCAAUUAAACACAACUAAAUUAGAAUUAAAAAUGUGGGCUUAUGAAGGUGAAAAUGGAAUACUCACUGCUUAUAUCACUCCUUUAUUACAGCCAAAAAGUUGUCAAGUUUGUAAAUUUCCCAUAAAACCUCUUUUAUAUCAUCAAAGAACCUUCAAAAAAAUUGAAUAUCAACCUUGCAGUUUUUUAACAUUAACUGGAAACUUCAGUUUAGCUGAAGUUCAUACAUGGCUUUCUAAUUGUUUACCUGGAAUUCCUGAAAAACCAGCCUCUCAAGAUAACAUAGAAUAUUCAUUUGUAUCAUUAUUAUUUGAUACAUUAUUACUGUGUACAUAUAAACGAGGUUUGAUAAAUUUUAAAACCGACAACAUUACAGCGAUAGCGAUACUUAAAGAUAACUUCAGUAAAGAAGCAACAAAAAGAAAUAUUAUAUUAAAUAUAUCAUACGAUAUCUCAGUUAACAGUCUUAAUAAUGUGUUAAAUAUUAUUGUACCCAAACUUAAGACAGAUAUUGAAAAUUAUAAGCAAUUGGAAUUAAUUGGAGCUAUGAAACAAUUAUCUGUUAAUCAAAAUACUAACUCUGAAAUACUUACUGAAAAAUAUUUAAAAAUGAUCGAUAAUGAAGAAAAAUUGAAAGAAGAAGUUUUUAAACGUCCAAAUCGGUUAAAACGCUUACAAGUCAUUAUUAUAACAUUAUUUGAUGAUUGGCAUAAAUUAAAGGGAUUUAAUAUAAAACCUAAUUCAAGGACUAAUCUUCAAAAAUAUCUGCAAACCGUCAACACUUUAGACUUAAUACUAGAAGUAUUUGUACUAUAAAACUAAUUAUAAAAAGUUAAAUAAGAAAUUCUCUUAUAAAAUAAAUCAUUUUUGUAUAGUAUAUAUAUUUUUUUACUAACUAAUAAACGUAAAAAAUGAAAAACUUAUAUUUUAUUGAA